ACACCAUUGCUUAAGAUCCAAAGAAACUGUAGAUAAAAUAAUGAAUGAUGAAAAAAAAAAAAAGUCUCAAUCAUUGUUGUGGGCAAAAACAGGUGCGAACUCGGAACCAACGGCCAUGACAUCCAUCUGAAGACUUCGCCUAAAUUCAAAACCCACAGAAUACUUCCAAUCGAUGUCGAUCGAUUUCAUCGUCCUCACACACUCUACAUUCGUGAAUUCAAAUGCUAAAAUUUCGGUUCCUACGCCUUUUUGUCUCUCGUUCCAAUCUCUCUCCAAAACCCACAACAACAUUUCUUCCACCUCUAUUCACCUCUCUCUCCACAACUCCAAUCACAAAGCCCACAUCUCCAAUGGCUUCUUACCCCACCUCCUCCGCUUCUCACUCCCCCAAGCUCUUGUUCCGUCAGCUCUUCGAGAAAGACUCCUCUACUUAUACUUACCUUCUAGCCGAUCAAUCCCACCCUGAAAAGCCCGCUCUGUUAGUUGACCCAGUAGACAGGACAGUGGAUAGGGAUAUUUCUCUGGUAAAAGAUCUGGGAUUGAAGCUCAUAUAUGCCAUAAACACCCAUGUUCAUGCGGAUCAUGUCACUGGAACUGGCCUGAUUAAGACAAAGGUUCCUGGUGUGAAAUCUAUCAUUUCGAAAUCAAGUAAUGCAAAAGCUGAUCUUUUUGUUGAACCUGGUGAUAAAAUUUAUUUUGGUGGCCUUUUUUUGGAGGUUCGUGCUACUCCAGGUCAUACCGUAGGAUGUGUUACGUAUGUUACAGGAGAUGGACGGGAUCAGCCUCAACCAAGGAUGGCUUUCACUGGUGAUGCACUAUUAAUACGUGGAUGUGGGAGGACGGAUUUUCAGGGUGGAAGUUCUGAGCAGCUGUAUAAAUCGGUGCAUUCACAGAUCUUUACAUUGCCCAAGGACACAUUGUUAUAUCCAGCUCAUGACUACAAAGGUUUCACUGUUAGUACCGUAGAAGAGGAGUUGCUCUAUAAUCCUCGCCUGACAAAAGACGAGGAAACAUUUCAAAGCAUCAUGAAAAAUUUGAACCUGGCAUACCCAAAGAUGAUUGAUGUAGCAGUCCCUGCAAAUAUGGUUUGUGGGUUGCAGGAUCUGGUUCCCAAAGCCAGUUAUUAAUGCACUUAUAGGCCGGAUGGACCAAAUUACAGUACCAGAUGUUAAUAAAGGGCUUGAUUCUAUGUGUUGAGCAGAACAACAUAACUAACACAGUUUGCUGCUGUAUCUGGGCCUGAAAAUGUUGAAUAAAUGGCCCUAUGAAAUGGGUUUUAGAAAUGAUGUUCAUUGUAAUUAACGUGUUUUUUUUUUUGGUCAACAUUUUAGAAAGUUGAGUUGUUAAGUUUGUUAGUAAAGUUAGUGUAUAAAAGUGUACCACUUAGAGGGGUCACUGCUAAUUCAUCAGCUCGAAUUCCUGAUCUCUCCUCAUUGCACCUUGAGGUGCAGUUACUUGCCAAAGUGAUGGAUUUUCUCGAGAUAUAUAUAUACAUAUUUGGUUUAGCUCUGCAA